UCCCUGGUUCUAAAUACCUUGUUCUCUCCAUACCUUUACCUUUGCUACUAAAUACCAACUCCUGUCCUCCUCAGAAUCCAGCUUUCAGAGUUUUCUAAUGAUUUAUUUACAUUUUUUUCUAAUUUCCUGGCACCCACCAAUUUCCACAGUAACUGGAUAAAUAUUUGUUGCUUUGGAUAAGGCAAAUAUCUGGGGCUUGCUCUCCAGUAAACUCUGGGAGCCCUCCAACUUUCUGGGUUGGCGUGAACACAUUUCUCCACAAACUCCAUCAGAUGCCCCAAUCUAGAGAGGCUUUAAGAAGAUACAGUCCCUGGGCGUUAUGGAAUACUGUCUGCCGGGGUCAUUACUCCACUAACUGAUAUUGAGGAAGGAAAGGGUUAAUAAACAGGGCUUAUGAUAACAACCCUUUUGUCAUUGAGUCAGGGGAAGGAAAAGCUAACCCUGCCUCCAGAUGAUACCAAUCCUGUUCUCCAGUCACUUCCAACAGCGGGAAGCUAAUGGAUCUGUGUAAAGCUCGCUCUCUCACACACAGACGGAGAGAUGAUUAACAGCUGACUGUAUAUGUUUUAAUAAGAACUGUCACAACUAGGAGCAUCUGAGUCAAGUCCCCAGCACCAGAAGGGUGAGGGAGGAACAAGCUCUUGAAGAGGAGGGUGCAAAAGACCUCCGUCUUGUUUACGGAGGUAGAGUUGGUUUUCUUGUAGGUAUGCUGGUGGCAAGAGUAUGAAGGUCCUCUGAAAUUGGCUGCAAUGUUUGGAAGUUUGGUGCUGACGCUGCUGGUAGCAUGGGUGAGUCUUCGGGUAGUCAGAGGAGACAAGGAACAGGUCAACCUCACUAUGGCAGUGGUGCUUCCGGAAAAGAACACCGCGUACCCAUGGGCUUGGCUGAGAGUGGGUCCAGCUAUCAAAUUGGCAGUAGACAAGAUCAACAAUGACCCAUAUCUUCUACCAGACCUUCAUGUCCAAUACAUCCUUGGAAACAGUGAGAACAAGCAAGGAAAGUGCUCGGACUCCUCAGCUCCACUUGUUGCAGUGGACCUCCAGUUCACCUACCAUCCUGAGGUGUUCUUAGGCCCGGGGUGCAUGUACUCAGCAGCUCCCGUCGGUCGGUUUACUGGACACUGGAAGGUCCCCCUUGUCACAGCGGGAGCUGCUGCCUACGGGUUUGGUGAGAAAGUUGAGGACAAUAAGUUUACCACAAGGACAGGACCAGUCCAUACCAAGCUGGGGCAGUUUGUGGUGCAGAUCCACCAACUUUUCAACUGGACCAGCAGGGCAAUGGUUGUCUAUACAGAUGACAAGGAGGAUGACCGUCCCUGUUAUUUCACAAUGGAAGGAGUUUACAUGGAGUUACCCAAAUUUAACAACUUGACCGUGCUGGAUAUGCAGUUUAAAGAUCGAGAACUCACCAACUAUACCUCAGUCAUUCAGGAAAUCAAGCAGAAGGGACGCAUUAUCUACAUUUGCUGCACCCCUGACACCUUCAGACAGCUCAUGCUCCAGGCUUUCAAUUCUGGUCUGUGUACGGGUGAAUAUGUCUUCUUUUACAUUGAUGUCUUUGGUGCCAGCCUGCAUGGCUCCAGCUUUCCUGACCCUCGUCGACCCUGGCAUAGAGGAGAUGCACAUGAUGCCACAGCCAAGGAGGCCUUUAAGGUAGUGAUGAUUAUCACUUAUAGAGAGCCACAAAAUCCUGAAUAUAAAAGAUUCCUGGUGGACCUGAAGCAUUAUGCUGCUCUGCAUUUCAACCACACAACUGAGGACACCCUGAUGAAUACUAUAGCAGCCGCAUUCCAUGACGGUGUCAUGCUCUAUGCUCAUGCCGUCAAUGAGACCAGAGCUAAGGGCUACAGCAUGAAGAAUGCCUCUGCAGUCACCGGUCACAUGUGGAACAGAACAUUCUACGGAGUGUCAGGGUUCAUGAAGAUGGAUGCCAAUGGGGACCGUGAAAAUGACUAUUCCUUGUGGGAUAUGUCUGAACGCAGCGGGGAGUUCCAGAUUGUAUUGAAUUACAAUGGGACAUUGCGGACCAUAGCCCCCAAGCGGGAGAUCCAUUGGCCAGGGAACAAGAUCCCAAGAGAUGUUCCACCUUGUGGCUUUGAUAACAAUUACCCAGAAUGUAUGAAAGCCAGCUUCUCUAUACUGGAAAUAACUUCCAUCGUUAUGUGUUUUAUACUGCUUGUGAUCACCAUCUCCUCCAUCUUUAUAUACAGGAAGCUACGUCUGGAGAAGGAGCUGGCCUCUGAGCUGUGGAAAAUCCGGUGGGAAGACAUUCAGACCAGUAACAUGGAGAAGAACUUGCGCAGGGCAGGAAGCAAACUCACCCUAUCACUGCGAGGUUCCAAUUAUGGAUCACUUCUCACAACUGAGGGUCAAUUUCAGAUUUAUGCCAAGACGGCCUAUUACAAGGGCAAUAUCGUUGCUAUUAAAUAUAUAAACCGCAAGCGCAUAGAACUAACUCGGGAAGUUCUGUUCGAGCUGAAACAUAUGAGGGAUGUGCAAAAUGAACAUCUUACCCACUUUGUGGGGUGCUGCAUUGACCCACCAAACAUCUGCAUUCUCAUUGAGUACUGCCCCAGGGGUAGCCUACAGGAUAUCCUGGAGAAUGAAAGCAUCACAUUGGACUGGAUGUUCAGAUACUCUUUAACAAAUGACAUUGUUAAGGGGAUGCUUUUUCUCCAUAAUAGUGUCAUUGUAUCUCAUGGAAACCUCAAGUCCUCCAACUGUGUGGUAGAUGGUCGCUUUGUCCUAAAGAUAACGGAUUAUGGCCUGGCGAGUUUCCGCUGCGCUCUGGAUUCAGAGGAUACCCAUGCUUAUUAUGCCAAGAAGCUUUGGACUUCUCCUGAACUGCUCCGCAUGGAAAAUCCUCCCCCACAAGGUACCCAGAAAGGAGAUGUAUAUAGUUUUGGUAUUAUACUGCAAGAGAUUGCCCUACGGAACGGUGUCUUCUACAUAGAUGGUUCAGACUAUAGUCCUAAAGAGGUAAUUGAGCGAGUGCGGAGCCGGGAGAAGCCCAAUUUCAGGCCCUCCACCAACAUGUAUUGUCAUAUUCAGGAGCUGGGACUUCUCAUGCAACGUUGCUGGGCUGAAGAUCCAUUAGAGAGGCCAGACUUCCACCAGAUUAAAGUACUGCUACGGAAAUUCAACAGGGAGAGCAGCUCUAAUAUCCUGGACAACUUGCUCACUCGGAUGGAGCAAUAUGCUAAUAACCUAGAGGAGCUGGUGGAGGAGCGGACACAGGCCUACCUGGAGGAAAAGCGUAAAGCAGAAGCACUACUCUACCAGAUUCUGCCACACUCCGUGGCUGAGCAGCUGAAGAGAGGAGAAACAGUUCAGGCAGAAGCCUUUGACAGUGUCACCAUUUAUUUCAGCGACAUUGUGGGGUUCACAGCAUUGUCUGCAGAGAGCACCCCGAUGCAGGUAGUAACUUUAUUGAAUGAUCUCUACACCUGCUUUGAUGCAAUAAUAGACAACUUUGAUGUGUACAAGGUGGAAACUAUAGGCGAUGCAUAUAUGGUGGUGUCUGGUCUCCCGGUUCGUAAUGGUAAGCUCCAUGCUCGUGAGAUUGCACGCAUGUCCCUUGCUCUCCUAGAUGCUGUGAAAACCUUCAAAAUCCGUCACAGGCCUGACCAGCAGCUUCGACUUCGCAUUGGACUUCACACAGGUCCUGUCUGUGCCGGGGUAGUGGGACUAAAAAUGCCUCGAUAUUGCCUGUUUGGAGACACAGUGAAUACAGCAUCGCGCAUGGAAUCUAACGGAGAAGCUCUUAAGAUCCACGUUUCUACGGCCACGAGAAAUGUCCUGGAGGAGUUGAAUUGCUUUGAGCUAGAACUGAGGGGGGAUGUGGAGAUGAAGGGUAAAGGAAAGGUGAGGACAUACUGGCUACUGGGCGAGAGAAGCAGCAGCACCCGUGGGUGACAAAGAGACCUGUUCAUAAUAAAUGUGUUUGUUUUUACCUCUGGGGUGUGACUGAGAUCCCUGCACAUCCCUGUCACCCCAAACAUGACUUUACGGGGGCUGUAAAUUGACAUUCACUUGAAGUGGAGUCAGAGGACUCAGGGGAUGCUUGUUUUCGCCUGCCCCCCACCUCGUGAACAAAGACAUGGAACCAUACAAUGUGCUGUUAUUUCACGCAAAAUGCCAACCAGAGCAGCGACCAAAGGGAAAGACGAACUGGAGGAAGCUUCUUGGAUGCAGUUUAUUUGUUUUUCUUCUGCUACGAAGAUCACUUGAGUCUCCUACCAAUUUCUGACAUUCGACUUGUUGUACUCAUGAUGAAAAUGGUUCUUACAUUUUUUACAAAAUGUUAUUAUCUUUAUGCCAGAGGUUUAUUUGAUGUGCGCAGUUACAAUGUGAAAAAUACUGGAAAUCUUCAAGAUUUCAUUCAUUUCUGCUCAAAUACAUUUUUGUUUUAGUAAAGACUUGUAAAUGUGCACAUCAAGCAGUUUGUAGCAAGAGAGACUAUAUAUGUUUAUGAAGACCUUGAAGACUUGAUUAAUUGGACUUACUUUGUUUUUCCGUUUUGACGACUUUUGUGGAAGUACAGAAGUGAACAGGCAAUGAAAAGAUUUGGUGCCCUCUUUUCCCUAUGCCUCCAAAAUAUGUGCUUUGUUGCAAUAGAGUGCAGAAAUAUUGGAUAUCAAAAUAGACUUGAGAGUACUGUUUGUAAUCUGCAAUACAUUGUUGUGAACAGUCCACAAAUCUGAACCAAGGCCCGUUAUUUUACUGACAUAAAGAUUUCUAAAUUCUC